AUGAUCAUUUUCAUAAACUAAAAAUAUAUUGUUGUUAAUAUUGUAAAUGCCUUUUCUUUCCGCUAUGCACAAUGAAUAUCAAGGGACUCCUCAAAAAUCUCAUCUUUCAACGAUGUUUCUAUUACGUCACUUUCCUAAUAACCACUUAUACACUUAUAUCAGACAUCAUUCUUCUCACAUCAUUAAUUAACGGAAAUUCCAAUUGUAAAGAGUUUGAAAACAAUAAACCCCUGAUAAACACGAUUCUUCAGGAAGUAACAAAUAUUGCACGUUGGGACUCCUCUAAUGUAACUUUUGAUCAUGAUGAACUAAAAACAUACUACUUUCCAGACCUGGAUACCCCCGCCCAUGUAUUGGAUACGCUAUAUAUUAAUCGCGGCGGAUUUUCUGGUUCCUUUAGUAUGUUUGAUAUACUUGAUGUGAAGGGGUUUAAAUCCUACGCUGGAGUGGUGGGAACCGCAAACACAUCUUUUCCACUUGUCGUUCCCGUUGCCGCAGCUGAUAACCAUACAGCCAGUUAUUUUGCCAUUCGAGAAGGUAAUAUAAGUCUGACGCCAGUGUGUAAUGUUGAAAUUCCCAAUUGUUUUAUGACAAAGCAGAUUAGUUUCCCAUUUACUUUCAUUGAAACCGAUGCCGAUGUUCCGAAUACCGUUGGAUCUGUUCGGGUAGCAUCUGACAAUUCCACAUUCAGCAUUUAUCCAGGUCUUCAACUGUACAUUUGUCAAUAUACUCAAAAUACGGCCAAUUCCUAUAGUUGGGCUAGACAAUUUGCCAUAGCAGCUGGUAUCCUCAUUCUCACAUUGGAACUGCUCAAGGUCGUGAUUUCCUUGACUGCUACUAUUUUUUUGAUACAAUUUAAACAACCUAGUAUUGUGAAUUUUGCGAAUAAUUCACCAAUAUGGAUUUUUUUGUUACUUCGAAAUUUUCUGGGAACUGAAGCAAUUUUACAAAUUGCUAUGAAUCUCGAAGAAACAAAUAGUCUUCAGAUUCUAAGUGAUACGUUUCUACAUUCAUUACCAAUGUUAGUGUUAUCAAUUCAAAGUAUCAGUUAUCGAUUCAAUGAGAUUAAACAGCCACCUCCCAUUAUAACUAUUCUAUCUUGUGUGGGCAGCUGUGCUAUGCUACUUUUUAACUUUUUUCGCACAUGUGUUUCUAUCAAGGUUACGGUUCCAAAACAGCUUGAGAGAUUUAAAGCAGAAUUAUCACAGUACUUUGAUAAACGUCCAAAACAAAAACGACAGCAGUACUUAUUAAUUUUUGCCUUGAUAGAUUGUGCGAUUAAUCUUUUUCCUCCGAUCUUCAUGAUUUCUUUAGCGGUACAAGGAUUUAACAGUGUUUUCGUUUUUAUUGUACCAAUAUUAGUCAUUUUUGCCAAGAUAUUGAUAUGCAUUUCUAUGUUUUGGUCCCAACGUUUUCGAAAACCUUUAUCAUCCCCAUUGAUAUUCUCUUUUGCUAUGAAUAGUCCGAUUAUCCUUCUCUGCAUCAUUUCUUCACCACUUAGACAAUUAAUUACAAUAAUAGCAGCUGAUGGUUUUCCUAUCUGGACCGGUUGGCCAACGGAUUUCAUAAGCAUUGAUCUGCCCAUUCUGGUGAUACUUUUAAUGAUGGGAGUAUUUGGUCAUGGAAAUAACCAGGAUGUAGCCCUUCUUCAACGGAACCUCGUGCUAGUCAUUUUUGCUACUAUUUACUUGGUAUGGAGAAUUAUCUCAGGCCUAUGGUAUUUAAGGAACAGUAUCAUUACACGAGAUAGAGAUACAAAUAAUAAGGUCCAUACUCGCUCAACCGAAACUUUUCCUAUUUUUUAUGCCCUGAAACUAAAUAGAGAAUCUCCAACAGCCUGGAUUUUUGUUUACACUUUAUCCAAACUCUUAAUCUGGAUUGUAGGCUUACAAAUAAUCAUUACUAUGGUUUUCAUGUCACAACCUCCAUCACCAAAUCCUGAAGCAUAUGUUACUGUCUCGCCCAAGAUUCUGAUGGUGCUUGGUUUAGUUAUUUACCUUUGUUUUGAUGUCAUUGUGUCCUUAGCACUGUUGAUUUCGUAUUAUGGACCCUUUUCCACACGAACCAUCGCACUUUAUCUCAAUUCGCCCUUCCUAAUAAUUUUUUAUAUCUUACUUGGUCCUCACUUUCGAGCUGAAAUCAUUGCCGCAGCAAAAGACCAUGUACAUGCAUUACUUCUUUGGAAACAACGUGAUAUUGUGUUGAUCUGUUCACUUCUUUUUAUCUGGCCUGGAUUUGGAUUUGGAUAUAUUCCUUAUGGUAGUGAUGACAGGUAUUCAUGGUGGUCAUGGUAUGGCUGGGGAUUUGAUGUUGAGACGAAAAAAGUGGAGAAUAUUGUUGAUUCAAAAUGGAGCUUUUCUGGUAUAUUUGGCGCAGUAUAUGGGUUAAUUUUUUGCGUAACUUCGAUUUUGCGGAAUACGGUACCAAUUGAUGAAUUGGAUAAGCAAGAGUAAUAAAUUGGUACAAAAAUAAAAAAAAAAAUUUAA